AUGCGUACAUUAUCAAUGAUGGGAAAUAAAGGGAUAAUGGAGAGCUGCUCUUGUGAAACAACUGAAAAUAUGUCAUAUUCUAGAAAUGAUGAGGAGGCAGUAGUGGACAGAGGAGGGACACGCUCUCUUCUCAAUACACAAUUUGAGAAAGAAGAUUUGGAAGGGCACCGCACAUUGUUCAUUGGCGUUCAUGUACCUCUGGGAGGUCGAAAAAGUCAUCGCCGUCACAGUCACCGGCAUCGGGGACACAAACACAAAAAAAGAGACCGGGAACGGGAUUCAGGUCUUGAAGAUGGACGGGACUCUCCUACUUAUGACACUCCGUCUCAGAGGGUCCAGUUCAUCCUGGGAACGGAAGACGAUGACGAAGAACACAUUCCCCAUGAUUUAUUCACAGAGCUGGAUGAAAUAUGCUUACGUGAGGGGGAUGAUGCUGAAUGGAGAGAGAUGGCCAGAUGGUUGAAAUUUGAAGAAGACGUUGAAGAUGGUGGAGAGAGGUGGAGCAAGCCCUACGUAGCUACAUUGUCUCUUCAUAGCCUAUUUGAGUUGAGAAGUUGUAUUCUGCAUGGAACUGUCUUAUUGGACAUGAGAGCCAACACGUUAGAAGAAAUUGCAGAUAUGAUUCUGGAUCAGCAAGUCGCAUCAGGGCAGCUCAGUGAAGAUGUCCGGCAUAGAGUUCAUGAAGCACUUUUGAAAAGGCACUAUCACCAAAACCAAAAGAAGCUCAGCAACAGAAUCCCAAUUGUGCGCUCAUUUGCUGACAUUGGCAAGAAACAGUCAGAGCCUCACUCCAUGGAUAAAAAUGGUCAGCUGGUGUCUCCGCAGUCUGCUCCUUCCUGCAUCGAAGCCAAGACUGACGUCAGCAGGGAAAACAGCACUUUGGAUGUUACCAAGUUUGACUUGCAUUUCAUGAAGAAGAUCCCGGCUGGAGCCGAAGCAUCAAACAUCCUAGUCGGUGAGCUGGAAUUCCUGGACCGCGCUGUAGUCGCUUUUGUUCGUCUUUCUCCUGCAGUCCUGCUUUCUGGCCUUACAGAAGUGCCCAUUCCGUCCAGAUUUUUGUUCAUACUUCUGGGGCCGCUUGGAAAGGGACAGCAGUAUCAUGAGAUUGGGCGCUCAAUUGCUACCUUGAUGACAGACGAGGUAUUUCAUGAUGUUGCGUACAAAGCUAAAGAUCGCAAUGAUUUGGUCUCUGGAAUAGAUGAAUUUCUUGACCAAGUCACAGUUCUUCCUCCAGGGGAGUGGGAUCCUUCAAUACGUAUUGAACCACCAAAAAACGUCCCAUCACAAGAAAAGAGAAAAACUCCUGGUGUGCCUAAUGGGACGGCAGCACUAGGGGAGUCAGAAGAACAUGAGGGUCACAGCGGGCCUGAGCUACAAAGGAGUGGAAGGUUGUUUGGGGGCUUGAUCCUAGAUAUUAAGAGGAAAGCUCCUUUCUUCUGGAGUGACUUCAGGGAUGCUUUUAGCCUGCAGUGUUUAGCUUCAUUCCUGUUCCUGUACUGUGCGUGCAUGUCCCCUGUUAUCACAUUCGGUGGUCUUCUUGGAGAGGCAACUGAAGGUCGUAUAAGUGCAAUAGAGUCUUUAUUCGGAGCCUCAAUGACAGGGAUAGCGUAUUCCUUGUUUGGUGGACAACCCCUUACCAUUCUGGGCAGUACAGGACCAGUGCUGGUGUUCGAAAAGAUUCUGUUCAAAUUUUGCAAGGAAUAUGGGCUUUCGUACCUCUCACUGAGAGCGAGCAUCGGUCUCUGGACGGCUUUUAACUGUAUAGUCCUGGUGGCCACUGAUGCGAGUUCCCUGGUGUGUUACAUUACACGGUUUACCGAGGAAGCGUUUGCGGCUCUCAUCUGCGUCAUUUUCAUUUACGAGGCCUUAGAAAAGCUGAUUCAUCUAGGUGAGAACUAUCCAAUCAACAUGAAUAAUAAUUUGGAACUACUAACACAGUAUUCGUGCAGUUGUGCGGAGCCCACUAGCCCUAGUAAUGAGACUUUGAAAUAUUGGGAUGAAGCCAAUAUAACCACAUCAGAGAUAACCUGGAACAACCUGACUGUUAGUGCAUGCAAGGAAUACAAAGGAGUUUUUGUGGGUGGUGCCUGUGGACAUGAAGGCCCAUACGUUCCCGAUGUCCUGUUCUGGUCAAUCAUCUUAUUUUUUUCCACUGUUACACUUUCAUCAACCCUGAAACAGUUCAAAACCAGCAGAUAUUUCCCAACAAAGGUUCGUUCAAUUAUCAGUGACUUUGCUGUGUUCCUUACCAUAAUGUCAAUGGUUCUUAUAGAUUAUGGCCUUGGAAUUCCAUCUCCAAAGCUUCAGGUCCCCAGUGAUUUCAAGCCGACCAGAGACGACCGAGGCUGGCUUGUAAAUCCCUUAGGACCAAACCCUUGGUGGACUGUGUUGGCAGCCAUUAUUCCCUCUCUGCUAUGUACCAUUUUGAUCUUUAUGGACCAACAAAUCACAGCUGUCAUCAUUAAUAGAAAAGAACACAAGUUGAAGAAAGGCUGUGGUUAUCAUCUCGAUCUUCUCAUGGUUGGGGUUAUGCUUGGUGUGUGCUCUGUGAUGGGAUUGCCCUGGUUCGUUGCUGCCACUGUCUUGUCCAUCACACAUGUCAACAGUCUGAAGCUGGAAUCGGAGUGUUCCGCUCCAGGAGAGCAGCCUAAGUUUUUGGGAAUCCGGGAACAAAGAGUGACGGGACUCAUGAUCUUUGUUCUUAUGGGGUCAUCUGUGUUUAUGACAAGGGUUCUUCAGUUUAUUCCUAUGCCCGUUCUUUAUGGCGUCUUUCUCUAUAUGGGUGCCUCGUCACUAAAGGGAAUUCAGUUCUUUGAUCGAAUCAUGUUGUUCUGGAUGCCACCAAAACAUCAGCCAGACUUCAUCUACUUGAGACAUGUUCCCCUGCGGAAGGUCCAUCUAUUCACCGUGUUGCAGCUGACUUGCCUUAUACUGCUAUGGGUCAUCAAAGUAUCUCGGGCAGCCAUUGUAUUUCCUAUGAUGGUCCUGGCAUUGGUGUUUGUAAGGAAACUAAUGGACUUUUUCUUCACGAAACGGGAGUUGAGUUGGUUAGAUGAUUUAAUGCCUGAAAGUAAGAAAAAGAAGUUGGAAGAUGCAGAAAAAGAGGAAGAACAAAGUAUGCUUGUGUUGGAAGACGAAGGGACAGUUCAGUUACCAAUGGAAGGGAAUUGCAGAGAGGACCCAUCAGUAAUAAACAUUUCUGAUGAAAUGGCAAAAACCUCUGUGUGGAAGACUCUGCUAAUAACCUCAGAAAAUGCAAAGACUAAGGAAUCCAGCUUUUCUUCUAAAAGCCCAUCUGAGGAGAGAACGAUUGAAAUCAUUGGAGCUCUUAGAUCCUCCUCCUCUCCUCUAGACCCAUGCCCGGCGGCCGUGGUGAAGUCCACCGCGGUUGCAAUGGCACCAUACAUUCGAGACAUUAUAAAUAGUUCCUUUUCCAGCGGUCAGGUGCCGGCUAUUCUGAAGCAGGCAGUGGUAAUACCCCUGCCUAAGAAACCGGCGCUACCUGUGACCGAUCUGAGUAACCUUAGACCGAUUUCAGGACUGCCGUUCGCUGCAAAGAUAGGCGAGAGGGAGGUUGUUGCACAACUACAGGGAUAUCUGGAGGCCAAUCACAUUCUUGACGACUUCCAGUCGGGAUUCCGACCCGGAAGGGGUACUGAGACCACUCUGGUCAAUGUCCAGGACGAUCUACUGAUGGCAUCAGACCAGAAGGACUCUAUGGUCCUAGUCCUUCUGGACCUAUCAUCCGCUUUUGACACUAUUGACCAUCAAGUGUUACUGAACCGGUUGAAAGUGGUAGCGGGAUUAGAUGGAAAGGCCUUGGCAUGGAUGGUCUCAUUUCUCCAGAACAGGGUACAACGAGUGAAGCUGGGGGUAUUUCACUCAGACGAUCUCCCACUGUCCUGUGGAGUACCACAAGGCUUGGCACUAUCCCCAGUCUUGUUCAACAUCUAUCUGAGACCAUUGGCCGACCUCAUCAGGAGCCACAAUCUUUAG